AGCGGUGGUGGUCGUAGUAGUUCAGUAGAAGUUAAACGUUUACAGUACUUUAAAGAAUCAGAGCUGUUAACGAAUCUCGGCGACGUUAGUUGAUAUUCAGGCUUAAUCAUUUCUAAAUGCGGAAUAGCUGACAAGUAUACAAAAACCUUCUUGGAGUGUAUUAUCUUGCUUUUGAAAUGUCUCUUUUUCUUGUAAACAGGUACCUUGGAGAGGAGGAAAGUGAGAGUGUCUCAAAGGAGUCCCGGUCUCAGGCGUUACUGGCUAAACUGCAGCAGAAGGCAAAAGAGAAGCAGAAACAGAGUAGGACAGAACGUCCGCCUAAAGAACGGACGGAACAACAAGAUGUGAAAAAGAAAAGAAAAGCUGACAAGAACAGCGGUCAAGAGCCUCAACUGCACAAAAAGAGGAAAUCAGAAGAUGCGGACUCUGAUAAUCCCGAUGAGCCUGUCGAAGAGGCAAAGAAGAACGAGAAACAGAAGAAAAAGAAGAAAAAGGUUCAGUCAGGCAUUUCAGUUAAAGAUCUGCCAGAAACUCCUGUGACAGGAAGAGACGGACAGGAGGACUCAGGAGGAGGAGAAGAGGAGACGGAGACAGAAAACGUGACACUAAAAGAAACCACAGAGAAGACUUCUGCUCCAACUGGAUUCACGGUUCUGGGAGGAUUCGAGAACAAACCUGUCCAAAAGGUACACAGAGUUCUGCCUCAGUGGCUCGCUCAGCCUGAUGUGAUUCACAGAGACAUUAAAAGCAACCUGGUCCCCAUCUCUGACCUCCCGGGACUUUCUGCUCUGCUCGUGAAAAAACUGCAAAAUAAUGGAAUUCAGCAGCUUUUCCCAGUGCAAGCAGAGGUCAUCCCGGCCAUCUUGGAGAGCGCACAGCAGGGGCUGCUGAUUGGACGAGGCGGCUACAAGCCCAGAGAUAUAUGUGUGUCUGCACCGACGGGCAGUGGCAAGACUCUCUCAUUUGUCAUACCUGUCGUACAGGUGCUGACGGAGCGGGUGGUGUGUGAAGUCCGGGCGUUGGCCGUGUUGCCGACCAAAGAGCUCGCCCAGCAGGUUUGCAAAGUGUUCACAUCAUACGCUGAGGGCAGCUCUCUGAAAGUGGUGAUGGUGGCUGGUCAGAAGUCUUUUGCUGCAGAGCAGGCUUCACUCUCAGAACUCAGAGGGGGCAUGAGACGCAGUUUAGCCGACAUUGUUGUUGCCACUCCGGGUCGACUGGUCGAUCACAUCAACAAGAACUCAGGCUUCAGUCUGGAACACCUUAGGUUUCUUAUUAUUGACGAGGCUGACAGGAUGAUUGACAGCAUGCACCAGUCUUGGCUCAGUCAGGUGGUGAAGGCGGUGUACAGAUCAGGUGGCGGUGCAGAAGUCGGGUCCAUCUUCAGGCGGACUGAGCCAGCGUACGUCACAGCAGCCAGUCUGUCUCCGCCUCAGAUGCCGCUGCAGAAGCUGCUGUUUUCUGCCACACUGACACAGAACCCGGAGAAGCUUCAGCAGCUGGGCCUCCACCAGCCCCGACUCUUCAGCUCCAUCCACAGUCACUCCAGCUCCACCACACCGGCAGCCCUCACCCAGACACAGGGCGGCUUUGACUUCCCCCAAGGUCUGACGGAGUAUUACGUUCCCUGUACGUUAAGCAAGAAGCCCCUCCUCAUCCUCCACUUCAUCCUGCGCAUGAAGCUCAGCCCCGUCCUCUGUUUCACCAACUCCAGAGAGACCGCACACAGACUUUAUCUGCUGGUGCAUCUCUUCGGUGGAGUUCAGGCCGCUGAGUUCUCCUCCCGGCUCUCUCCCGCUGAGAGGAAGAAGACGCUGAAGGAGUUUGAACAAGGAAAGAUCCAACUGUUGAUCAGCACAGACGCAGCUGCCAGAGGCAUCGACAUCAACGGGGUCAAAUGUGUUGUGAAUUACGACGCGCCGCAGUACAUCCGGACGUACAUUCACAGGAUUGGAAGAACAGCAAGAGCAGGGAAACCCGGCCUGGCCUUCACCUUUCUGCUGGGCGUACAGGAGAAGAACUUCCUUCAGAUGGUGGUGGAAGCAGGAACCCCCGGGAUUCAAAAGCAGAUCGUUAAACCAGAGAACCUGAAGGGUAUGGAGGCCCGAUAUGAACAAACUCUGCAGGAGCUGGCCAACGCCAUCAAGGACGAGAGAGCCAAAUAACGGAGCAACACCGAAUGAUCCUUCUCCGAGCGGACGUCUGUGCUUCACGAAGAACACAUUUCAUUUUGUGUUUCAGCUGUACUUGGAGUUUUUUAUGUUGUUUAAUAAAACAUAAAUUGUCUGUGUGUGGUGCAGCUGGUGAUUUAAGUGCCACAGUGCCAGUUCUCAAUGUCCAUUUCCUUUAAGUGAGGUAAUGAUUGAAGUGGAUAAUGCAUUAUUUACAAAACGUGAACAUUAGUUUAGCUAUCCUUCACAUCAGUCCGUCUGUCUCUUAAAUAUAAGGAGUGGUCAGUGUUUUAGGGCCAAAACUACUCUAAUAAAUACAUCAUAAAUAAUCAUAUUCAUGAAUUCAGAAACUAUAUUUAUCCAACAGAUCAAGGAAACAUCUUCAAAUGUCUUUCUUCACAUCAGGUCUGCUUUGAGUUUGCUCAAAAUUCAGUUAUUUUUAGAGAUUGCAGAAGUUUAAUGGAAGCAUUUAGAGAAAAGUUUGACACGGUUCCUUUUUUCAAUCCAGUUUUAAUUUACUCUGUCCUUAUAACACACACACACACACACACACACACACACAGCAUUAUAGAACAUGUUCUCAUAGAAGAGGUUCUCAUAGAACGUGUCGUGCCAUCAGUCCCAUUUGGAAGUCUUCCUCCUCAUGUAUUUGUCUCCUUCGCUGUCGACUGCCUCGUACAGC